AUGUCUAGCCAAUUAACCCAUGUCACCAUUCAGGAUGGCUGGUUCAGAGAAGUAUCCGAGGGAUCGUUCCCCGGCCAGGCCAUGAGGUUGCGCGUGAAGCAGAUCCUCCACGUGGAACAGAGCCCGUUCCAGGACAUCCUUGUGUUCGAAUCGACCGACUAUGGCAACGUGCUUGUGCUUGAUGGGAUCGUCCAGGUCAGUGAGAGAGACGAAUUUUCGUACCAGGAGAUGAUCUCCCACCUUCCACUUUUUGCCCACUCCAACCCCAAGCGCGUGUUGGUCAUCGGAGGGGGUGACGGCGGGGUCUUGAGAGAGGUUGUGAAGCACGACUCGGUGGAAGAAGCCACGUUGGUGGAGAUUGACGAAGGCGUUAUCCACUUGAGCAAGAAGUACUUGCCACAUAUGGCCAAGGGCUUUGACCACCCAAAGGUCAACGUGGUCAUCACCGACGGCUUUGAAUUCUUGAAUAAAUUGUCACAGGCCCCCACCAGCGAGAAAUAUGACGUUAUUAUCACUGACUCCUCUGAUCCAGACGGCCCGGCCGAGAUGUUCUUCCAGCAGAGGUACUUCAAGUUGCUCCACGACGCCAUCAAGGAGGACGGGAUAAUCAUCACCCAAGCUUCGGAAAACGUCUGGUUAAAGAUCCAAAACUUGAAGACUUUGAUGCAUGACGCCAGACAAAUCUUUCCCGUGGUAGAGUUGUCCUCCUGCACGUGUCCUACCUACACCUCUGGCCAGUUGGCUUUGAUGAUAUGUAGUAAAAAGGCUGACGACGACGUCAAGGUGCCAAAGAGGGUGCUUUCCAAAAUGAAGGAGAGGGAAUUGUUCAGAUACUAUAACUCACGGCUCCACGAGGCAAGCUUCAUCUUGCCGACCUUUGCUGAAAAGAUAUUGGUUGACGAAUCUGUAUAG